UUUAUUAAUUUGGAGCUGGUUUAUGAACUCAGGUCAAUUUGAUAUGCUGCAUUUUAAUUGACAAUGAUAUUUCUUGAAUUUGUUGGUGCUUUUUUUUUUAUUAUUUUGAUGUAUCAGUAUGAAGUAUUCUUUCAUAUUGCCAACAAGCCAUUGUGAUGAAUUUUUAAAACAAUUAAGUAGCUUUUAUAUUGAUAAAAAAGAAUACUAAAGUUGAAAGUUCAUGUUUGAUUAAAAUUAUAAUAAUAAAAAUAUAAACCUUUAUUGAUACAUUUCAAUGUCAAUCAAGUUUAUCUCGAAACGUAUUUUAAUAUUUAAUUUAAUAUGGAUACAGUAAGAUUUAAUGACUAUGAUGAUUUUGUUGUUAAUUGUAUAUUUUUACGUGGACGAAAUGAACCUUCAAAAAAGGCCUUGAAAAAACAACAAAAAGAAGCUGAAAAAGCAGCAAAAAAAGCUCAACAUAAAGCACAAAGUCAAGUCCAAGAAGAUGUUAAAGAGACUGAAGAUUUUUCAGUUGGUCGUUAUGGUCAGCCAGCAAUGAUCCAAAGUACUGAAAAGCAUCAAGACAGGAAAUUUGUUGAUGUUAAAAGUUUAGAUGAAAAAUUGCAAGAUGUUACUGUCUGGUUACGUGGACGUUUACAUACAAGUCGUGCCAAAGGAAAACAAUGUUUUAUUGUGUUAAGACAACAAUCGUCAACAGUUCAAGGAAUAGCAUCAGUCAAUGAAAAGAUUAGUAAACAAAUGGUUAAAUUUAUUGCUGGUAUAACAAAAGAAUCAAUUAUUGAUGUACAGGCUAUUGUUAAAAUGGCACCAAUUAAAAUUGAAUCAUGCACACAACAAAAUAUUGAAUUAAUUAUUGAACAAAUAUUUGUUGUAAGUGCAUCAAAAGCCAUGUUACCAUUGCAAAUUGAAGAUGCAUCAAGACCAGAAAAUGAUGAAUCUGGAUUGAAUAUUAAAGUUAAUCAAGAUACACGUUUAGAUAAUAGAGUUUUGGAUCUUCGUACACCAGCAAAUCAAGCAAUAUUUAGAGUUGAAGCUGCUGUUUGUAAAUUAUUCCGUGAUACAUUGACUAAUUUGGGUUUUGUUGAAAUUCAUACACCAAAAAUAAUAUCAGUUGCUAGUGAGGGUGGAGCAAAUGUAUUUACAGUAUCAUAUUUUAAAUCAUCUGCAUACUUGGCUCAAUCACCACAAUUGUAUAAACAAAUGGCAGUUGCUGGUGAUUUUGAUAAAGUAUUUACUGUUGGUGCUGUAUUUAGAGCUGAAGAUUCAAAUACCCAUCGUCAUUUGACUGAAUUUGUUGGACUUGAUCUUGAAAUGGCAUUCAAGUAUCAUUAUCAUGAAGUUGUUGAUACAAUUGGACAAAUGUUUACUCAGUUAUUCCGUGGUUUACAAGAUAAUUAUGCUCAUGAAAUUGCUGCAGUUGGUCAGCAAUAUAAAGUUGAACCAUUCAAGUUUCUUGAUCCACCAUUAAAGCUGCAAUUUCCACAAGCAAUCAAACUUCUUGCUGAGGCUAAUGUUAUCAUUGGUGAGGAAGAUGAUUUAUCAACCCCUGAUGAAAAAUUACUUGGUAAAUUAGUCAAGGCUAAAUAUGAUACUGAUUUUUAUAUUCUUGACAAGUAUCCAUUGGCUGUCAGGCCUUUCUACACCAUGCCAGAUCCAAAAAAUCCGAAAGCCUCGAAUUCAUACGAUAUGUUUAUGAGAGGUGAAGAAAUUUUAUCUGGUGCUCAGCGUAUCCAUGAUCCAGAUUUCUUAACUGAACGUGCUAAACAUCAUGGUGUUGAUGUUGAAAAAAUAAAAGCAUAUGUCGAUGCUUUUAGAUAUGGUUGUCCACCACAUGCUGGUGGUGGUAUUGGAAUGGAACGAGUUGUCAUGCUUUAUCUUGGCCUUGAAAAUAUAAGAAAAACAUCAAUGUUCCCACGUGAUCCAAAACGCGUUACACCAUAAUUAAUAAACAUAAAAUAUAACAGGAAAAAAAUGUUAUUGUAUUGUUUAUGAUGAAAAAUGUUGAAAAAAAAAUUUUUUUUUAAAAGUAAAAAAAUUCUUUUAUU